AUGGUGUCGCUCGCACGUUAUGUUCGCCAGAUUAGGCGCGCAGGACUCAAGGAGUACUUCCGCCAGAUGAUGUACAUUGGAGACGCGAAGGCUGGAACUCUCGUCGGGAAGGACCAGUUCGGUAACAGGUACUACGAGAACUUGAACCCAGACGAUGAGGUGCCAGGACGGCACAGAUGGGUUGACCUCGCACAGCAUGAAUACAACGCAACCCAAGUACCACCAGAAUGGCAUUCAUGGAUCUCGCAUAUCCGCAAGUUGCCGCCGACGGAGGAUAAGAUCAUGCAGGAGUCGAUUCCGAAGUGGCACGCUUCAGCGCCAUGGACGGAGAAUUUGACUGGCACGCGCGGCGCAUUCCGCACGUAUAACACCGCCAAGCCGAAGAUUCAGGCAUGGGACGGACAGACGACGGUUCAGCGCGGUGCAUAG